CCAGCCCGCAGUCCGAGCGGCUAGAGCGCUCGGAGACCCUAAGCGGAGCCAAGAGGAGCGAGCGGGCGCCCCAGUCUCCUUCCCCUCCCCUCGCCUCGCCGCCUUCUCCCGCAGCCGGACCGGAACUAUGUGAUCCCGGAAGUUCCGGUGCCACUGCUGUGUGGGAUAAACAGUAAUGGCGGAGGCUGCAGCUCCCGGAACAACAGCCACAACAUCAGGAGCAGGAGCGGCAGCGGCGGCGGUGGCAGCAGCCUCCCCCACCCCUAUCCCCACAGUCACCUCCCCGUCCUCGGGGGCGGGGGGAGGGGGAGGCAGCAGCGACGGCAGCAGCGGCGGCUGGACUAAACAGGUCACCUGCAGGUAUUUCAUGCACGGAGUUUGUAAGGAAGGAGAUAACUGUCGCUACUCACAUGACCUCUCUGACAGUCCUUACGGUGUAGUGUGCAAGUAUUUUCAGCGAGGAUACUGUAUUUACGGAGACCGCUGCAGGUAUGAACAUAGCAAGCCUUUGAAACAGGACGAAGUGACUGCUGUAGAUCUAACUGCAAAAUCAUCCCUUGCUGCUUCCUCAAGUCUCUCAUCAGGCGUUGGACCAGUUGUUGAAAUGAAUACGGGCGAAGCCGAGUCAAGAAAUUCAAACUUUGCAACUGUAGGAGCAGGUUCAGAAGACUGGGUGAAUGCCAUUGAGUUUGUUCCUGGGCAGCCCUACUGUGGCCGUACUGCCCCUUCCUGCACUGAAGCAUCCCCGCAGGGCUCAGUGACCAAGGAAGAAUUGGAGAAAGAGCAAACGGCAGCAGAAACCAAGCAGCAGCUUUGCCCCUAUGCUACGGUCGGAGAGUGCCGGUACGGGGAGAACUGUGUGUAUCUCCACGGAGACUCCUGCGACAUGUGUGGGCUGCAGGUCCUCCAUCCGACUGAUGCCGCCCAGAGAUCGCAACAUAUAAAAUCUUGCAUUGAGGCCCAUGAGAAGGACAUGGAGCUCUCAUUUGCUGUCCAGCGCAGUAAGGACAUGGUGUGUGGCAUCUGCAUGGAGGUGGUCUAUGAAAAAGCCAACCCCAGUGAGCGCCGCUUUGGGAUUCUCUCCAACUGCAACCACACUUACUGUCUCAAGUGUAUUCGCAAGUGGAGGAGUGCUAAGCAAUUUGAGAGCAAGAUCAUAAAGUCCUGCCCAGAAUGCCGGAUCACAUCUAACUUUGUCAUUCCAAGUGAGUACUGGGUGGAGGAGAAAGAAGAGAAGCAGAAACUCAUUCAGAAAUACAAGGAAGCAAUGAGCAACAAGGCGUGCAGGUAUUUUGAUGAAGGACGUGGGAGCUGCCCAUUUGGAGGGAACUGUUUUUACAAGCAUGCGUACCCUGAUGGCCGUAGAGAGGAGCCACAGAGACAGAAAGUGGGAACAUCAAGCAGAUACCGGGCCCAACGAAGGAACCACUUCUGGGAGCUCAUUGAGGAAAGAGAGAACAGCAACCCCUUUGACAACGAAGAAGAGGAGGUUGUCACCUUUGAGCUGGGCGAGAUGUUGCUCAUGCUUUUGGCCGCAGGUGGGGACGACGACCUGACAGACUCUGAAGACGAGUGGGACUUGUUUCAGGAUGAGCUGGAAGAUUUUUAUGACUUGGAUCUAUAGCAGCUUGACGUGGCGGGUGAACUGGUCUGCUGAGCCCCAGACAGUAGCUGUCCCCUGAGGUGGGGUGGCAGUGCCCGAGCUUCUCUCCUAGGCAGGCCGGUCAACUCCAGGUGCUGUCGUGAUCCUACUUACCCAGGGCCUGUCUCAAUCCCUCACCUUUUCCCAAGGAGUGUGUUUUUUUCUCUGUUAAAAAAAAAAAGUUACAAAAAUAAAUCUUAAAGCUAGUUUUUUUGUAACAUGAAUUUAACUGUCAGACAGUUAGCGUAGGUCUGUUGCGUCAUCUGUUUUCCACCAGAUUGACACCAUUCUAGGGUAGCGUUGAUGGACUCUCCACACUUAUCGGGGGACCCCAGGUUCAAGAACAGCAUUGGCCCUGCUUUGGGGUACAAGAUAGAGGUGAUGGUGACGGAUCUGCACUGUGGCACGUAGCCUGCCACAGACUUACGAGGUGGAUACCCGAGGUUUCUGGUGAACAAUGCACAUCUGUGUUUUUAAAUUUGUUCCCUACCCCAAAACCCCCACUGUGCACCUGUUCUGUGGUUUGGUCUCUUGUUGAAUUGCGCACAAGUCAUACUACUGGGUAACCAGAACCAGGUGCAAAUGCGUUGAGGUUUUUACUGUGUUUAGCACGAUAGGAAAGUUGAGAAGGAACACGUACAACAGAUGCAGUGGCCACGUGAACAGCCGAGCUGGAAGCGGACUCCCGGGGGCUGAUGGACUUGCUGUGUGUGAGUGUGUGAAAAGCUUCUCAUCCCUGCAUAGAUGCUGUGUUCUUAGCCUUAGUGGAAAAGCUUUGGUUUAGCGGUUUCAGCCCUGUAUGGCACAUAGAGUGUGAAGGGCAAAGCAGGAUAUUGUAGCUGUCGGUAGAUGGGUACUCUAGCUCUGUCUGUACAAAAUAGAGAAACGGGCUUAGCCACAAGGGUCACCUGUCUGCUGGUCCCAGUCAGUAACACAAACCGGGGCUCGGAUACACAGUUGUAUUUAAUAUUUUAGGGUCUCCCAGCCUCUGCAGCCCAGGCACUUUUGGACAAAUAUUUGUCCUCGUUUGAGGUUUUGUUGUCAGGUUUUUUGUGUUUGUUUUUGUGGGUAUUUGCCUCAUUCCAUCCCUGAGCUUUGCAGGUAGACAGAUGUGAUUCAGAACUUAGUUGAAGGUGUUUCUUGUAGUGGGGUCAUUGGUUGGCAGGAUAAGUCAUGCUUUUCCACUAAAGGGGGGGCGGGGGUGGUAAUCCAUGAGGCGAGCUAAAGUUGUUAGAAGAAGAUUGGAAACUUAAGCUUUGAGUUUUGUCACUCUAGUUCCUAAAAUAACUUGGAGAUGCUCAUUUGUCCAUCUACUGCUUUGAUUCAUUCCUUGGAUCCCACCCACUCUUUCACUCUUAAGAAAAAACAAGUAAUUGUUGCAGAGGUCUCUGUAUUUUGCAGCUGCCCUUUUGUAAGAAGCACUUUUCCCAAAUAAAACAAUAAAAAAAACCCAAAUUGGCUUUCCGUUUUGUGUAAUGAGCUGUUCUGAACCGUGUAGGUGUCAAAAGCAUAGCAUUUGUUUCUUGACUCCGAUCAGUUCAUCAGUAGUUCUGUGGAUACGGUUCAUUGAGAAAAGUGAUACAGCUUCCCUAGAUCUGGCCUGCUGAGAAAUGUUUGAGCGAGACCUUACCAGCUGGGGUCAUCACGCUAUUUUGUACUGUAGAAUUUGCAAGACUAACUCCCAGGCCGCCUUGAGUGGCCAAAAGCACUGCCAUCCGCUUGUGGUUGAACUUGCUUCCUAGCCACAAAUAGCAGGUAGGUCACAACAUAAUGAUGUGGUUCGAAAGGGUACUUUUCUCCCCGACUAUUCUAUCAUACUUCUAAUAAAAAUCAUUCUUUGGUGACCUUUUUGCAUUGCUUAUUUGUAAAAAUACUGCUUCUUAAGAGGGGUGCCUGGGGGGCUCAGUCUGUUCUCGGCUCAGGUCAUGAUCCCCACUCCCUGCUCAUCGGGGAGCCUGCUUCUCCCUCUUCCUCUGCCCCUCAUCUUGUUUGUGCUUGCUGUCACUCUUAGUAAGUGGAAUCUUUUAAAAAAAAACUGGUGCUUCGUUAAAACAUUUGGAUUAGGAAUUAACGGUGUUUCCAUUUCUAGGAAUUGCGUAUAUUGUGACUUGGCAUAGUCAUGGUAACAGCUGUAGGUCCAGGAGUAUUCUGUUUCUGUGAGCUCAUGUAUCCACUGCUUUCUUCCAGAAGUGUUGAAAGUCUGCCUUCAGCUGCUACUGACCAGGUCGUGCUGGGGUUCACAUGCACCCCCCAGAGUGAUGGAGAGCCUCCGAGGCAAGGUAGAAGUGUUGGGGCUCUGAGUGGGAAAGAGAGACUUAAAAUCUACCUUUUGGUGUCUGGAAAGUAGGAAGAGGCUCAUCAGUAGCUCCCCUGUUGGCAUAUUUGAGUCUAUGGUCGGGAGAAUGGUCUACGGAGGCAGUGACAAUAGCUUACUGGAAUUGAGGUAGGUUUGUGUUGGGAGCAGCUCCCUUUGCAUCUUAGAAAAGGCAGGGGAAGUUCGUGUAUCCGCCAAUCAUAAUGUGUGCUGCUGUCCUGUUUGUGCAUUGCACGUGCGCUCUGUGUGCCCGCCUGUUGUAAGUGAAAUUCUCACUUCUUGUCUGCACAAAACUGAUCUCAAUCUCUGCCCUGCCGCUACACACAGUAAGUGCUGUUUCCAUCUCUAACUCCUGUGAGCUCCCACAGAUUGAGAUGAAGCAAAUAACUAUAACUACCCAAGACUUGAGAUGGAGAAGGUGCAGGAUAUGGAGAAAGGUGUCUUUGUUGUCAGAGCAUAACAGCCUAUCCCAGGUUGAAACCAUCAUUUUAUAAGGAAAACUAAAUAAGGUACUUUUGUUUUUAAAAUACUCAGUUAUGUUAGGAAUAUUUUUUUAAGGCAUCUUACUCAAGGUAAUAAAGUAAAAACUAAAUUCGCCAAUUAUAAGAUCAAGUAAAUUGUCUUGAUGAACCAACACAAACUUGUGUGGUUUAAAAUUGGUAUUUGGUAUAUAGAUACUAGUGGAAUAUUACAAACUGUUCUUGCUUUCUUGUCUUACCCAUUGGUAAUAAAUGUUACUAAUGGAAAUGUAAUUUUAGAAGGUGACUGACUCGUAGUGUGUUUUGCCAAUUUUUUAAAACAUUUUUGUCAGCACAAGCAGGGGGAGUGGCAGCAGGAGAGGGAGAAGCAGGCUCCCCUUUGAGCAAGGGAGUCUUAUGUGGGGCUAGAUCCCAGGACCCUGGAUCAUGACCUGUAUUGAAAGUGGAUGCUUAACCACCAGAGCCACCAGGUACCCCAGGAGACUGGUAGUUUUUGAAAUGUCGUUUAUUUAAAUUACUGCUGGCUCAAUCAGUAGAGCGUGCAACUGUAGAUCUUAGGGUCAUGGAUUCAAGCCCCACAUUGGACGUUGAGCUCAGUUAAAAAAAAAAA